AUGACCUGCGGACUAGCUGUUAAACGCCCAUUAGAUUUGGGCCAGGAUGCAUUCGAAUUGAUUGAUGUCAAGAGAGCUCGCCAAAGCGGCGCAAGUCCAAAAUGUUCACCAUUUCGCCCUCAAAUGGGUAUAUUGGCAACUUCAUUGAAUCAGUCAACAACGGGUACUUCAACUUCAAAGCCCUCUAAUGGAUUAAUCAACGUACCAAGUUCACCAUUUGCGGAAAUUUCUGGACGCUGUCAACUUUCGAGCAAUCAACUUGACUCUUAUCUGCGUGCUGAGAUUCAGCAUCUGAAGCGUCGAAAAUUAAUUCCUCGUCGAGCAAAUAUAACAACCAACAGCCUAGAAUUGUCAAGUAGUACGGCAAACUUCCGUAAAGCAAAUUCACCAACUUCUUCGAUCUCUGGAAGUGAUUCUGAUGGUGAAGUUCAUAGCAUUCAAGAUCCAGAAAAGCAACGAGCUGCAAUGUUGGAGUCUCUCUACGAAAAGCCGCAUUUUUCUCUUCGACAAGUAAAGCUGAUUUGUGAGCGCUUACUUAGAGAGCAGGAAGUUCGUCUUCGCUAUGAAUAUGAGACCAUUUUGAAUAAGAAGCUUGAUGAACAACACGAUCAAUAUGUGCAAUUUGCCAAAGAACAAUUGGAAGUUAAUGCUACGAAGAUGGGCGACAUUUCAUGUAUAUAAUUUUUUAAAAGUAGUAGAGAUCGAGCUGUGCGUCCGGGUUGAGGCUUGACUUUUCUGUAUGGGAUAAACUUGAAUUCCAGGAUCCGGUCCGAGU